AUGACAUGUGCUCUAUCAAGUCUCUUGUGGCUGCAAAUGACAUGUGCUCUAUCAGGUCUCUCGUGGCUGCAAAUGACAUGUGCUCUAAGUGUGAGGGACCGAUUUUGUUCUAAUAGAAUGCAGAACAAGAUGUCCAACAAUGUGAAUGAUGAUUGUAGGGAGGAGAGCGAAGAAGACACGCUACCCAGGAAGAGGCCCAGGUUGAAUAAGAGUGGAACAGAACAUGUCAUGAGUCGUAGUUGCCCCUUUCUGGACACAAUAGAUCGAACGGUACUGGAUUUUGACUUUGAGAAGCUUUGUUCUGUCUCACUCUCCAACAAUAACUGCUAUGCUUGCCUCGUUUGUGGGAAAUAUUUUCAAGGUCGUGGGCGUCAUAGUCACGCGUACACACACAGUGUGGGGGUGGGACACCAUGUCUGGCUCAACCUCGCCACUCUAGAGUUUUAUUGCCUCCCGGACAACUACCGAAUCAUUGACUCGUCUCUGGAAGAUAUCAAGGUGGAUGUCCUUAUCUGUGUGUGUGUGUGUGUGUGUGUGUGUGUGUGUGUGUGUGUGCAGCGUGUGCUACAGCCUGUGUUCAGUGUCGAUGCAGUGGCUGCUUUAGACUCACUGGCUAAAGUCUCAGUGGCUCUUGAUGGAACAAAAUACAUCCCUGGAAUUGUGGGCCUCAACAAUAUCAAGGCCAAUGACUACAUGAAUGUAGUGCUGCACACUCUGGCCCAUAUUUCUCCACUCAGAGGCUAUUUCCUGAGAGAGGACAACUACUCACACAUCAUCCCACCACCUGGAGACCAAUCCUUUAUUCUAGUGAGUAGGUUGGGAGAACUGUUCAGAAAGCUCUGGAAUCCUCAUCACUUUAAAGCUCAUGUCAGUCCUCAUGAAAUGCUACAAGCUGUGGCCUCCACAAGCCAAAAGAAAUUCAAGAUCACAGAGCAAGGAGACCCUAUUGAGUUCCUGUCGUGGUUAUUGAAUACACUGCAUAGAGCUCUUGGAGGGAGCAAGAGAAGGGAGUCGAGUAUCAUAUACAAGGUGUUUCAAGGAGCCAUGAAUAUCUUCACCCGUAAGCUGCCACCUGCUAGUGAGAGCCGUACACCUGAAGAGUUGGCGUUGCUAUUGGCAACUGAUGAGUACCAAGAGACUGUAUCAACCACACCUUUCCUAUAUUUGACCCUUGACCUUCCCAAUGUUCCUCUUUUCUCUGAUGAGCUGGAACGGAACAUUAUACCACAAAUCCCUUUGUUUGACCUUCUGAGUAAAUUUAAUGGCUCUAGAGAAAAGGAGCAUAAGACACACAGUGAAUCAUUCGUCAAGCGUUAUGAGUUGACAAGACUACCUCCAUAUCUCAUUCUCUAUGUCAAGCGAUUCACCAAGAACAACUUUUUUGUUGAAAAGAAUACAACAAUUGUCAAUUUCCCCAUCAAGGACAUUGAUAUGGGAGAGUUCUUAUCUAGUGAGCCAAAGGUUCAAGCCUCUCACCCACACACUGUCUAUGAUCUUGUAGCCAACAUUUGUCAUGAUGGACAACCAGGUGUUGGGAAGGGUACAUACAGAGUACACAUUAGGCACAAGGGUACCAAUGGAUGGUAUGAACUGGAAAACCUUCAUGUGCAAGACCUUCUCCCUCAAAUGAUCACUCUAGCAGAGGCUUACAUUCAGAUAUGGGAGCUACGGUCCUGACAAACUGAAAUAAUUAUGUGAAUUAUGUGACUGAAAUAAUUAUGUGCUGGAUUUGAA